AUGGGACAUGGGACAUCCUCUGGUGACGGCGGUGCCGCUGCAGGCGAGCGCGGGGACAUGGUGUCCUCAACCCUCAAGUUGGGCAUCUCCAUCCUCAAUGGGGGCAACGCUGACGUGCAGCAGAAAAUGCUGGAUUACCUGAAGGAGAAGCGGGAGGUCGGCUUCUUCCAGAGCGUCCAAGCCCUGAUGCAGACCUGCAGCGUGCUGGACCUCAACGCCUUCGAGCGGCAGAACAAGGCCAUGGGGCUGGGGAUGGUGACGGAGGAUGGGACGAUCAGCCGUGAGAAUGGGGAGAAGGUGAUGUCGGAUGAUGAGUUCACGCAGGAUCUGUUCCGGCUGCUGCAGCUGCUCUGCGAGGGCCACAACAACGACUUCCAGAACUACCUACGGACGCAGACAGGGAACACGACGACCAUCAACAUCAUCAUCUGCACCGUGGACUAUCUGCUGCGCCUGCAGGAGUCCAUCAGUGACUUCUACUGGUACUACUCGGGGAAGGACGUGAUCGAUGAGCACGGGAAACGCAACUUCUCCAAGGCCAUGGCCGUGGCCAAGCAGGUCUUCAACAGCCUCACCGAGUACAUCCAGGGCCCGUGCACGGGGAACCAGCAGAGCCUGGCCCACAGCCGCCUCUGGGACGCUGUCAUCGGCUUCCUCCACGUCUUCGCACACAUGAUGAAGAAGCUGGCCCAGAACUCCAGCCAGAUCGGGCUGCUGAAGGAGCUGCUGGACCUGCAGAAGGACAUGGUGGUGAUGCUGCUGUCCCUGCUGGAGGGCAACGUGGUGAACGGCACCAUCGCGCGGCAGAUGGUGGACAUGCUGGUGGAGUCAUCCAGCAACGUCACCAUGAUCCUCAAGUUCUUCGACAUGUUCCUGAAGCUGCGGGACAUCGUGGCCUCGGAUGCUUUCCGCGACUACGUGACGGACCCGCGGGGCCUCAUCUCCAAGAAGGACUUCCAGAAAGCCAUGGACAGCCAGAAGCAGUUCGAACCUUCCGAGAUCCAGUUCCUGCUCUCGUGUUCCGAGGCCGAUGAGAACGAGAUGAUCGACAUCGAAGCCUUCGCCGGGCGCUUCCAAGAGCCCGCCCGCGACAUCGGCUUCAACGUGGCCGUUCUCCUGACCAACCUCUCGGAGCACGUCCCGCACGACCAGCGGCUCCGCACCUUCCUGGAGCAAGCCGCCAGCAUCCUGGAAUACUUCCGUCCCUUCCUGGGCCGCAUCGAGAUCAUGGGGGCCGCGCGGCGCAUCGAGCGCCUCUACUUCGAGAUCAGCGCCGCCAACAAGGCGCAGUGGGAGAUGCCGCAGGUCAAGGAGUCCAAGCGCCAGUUCAUCUUCGACGUGGUCAACGAAGGUGGAGAGGCCGAGAAGAUGGAGCUCUUCGUCAGCUUCUGCGAGGACACCAUCUUCGAGAUGCAGAUCGCGUCGCGCCUCUCCGAGGAGGAGGCGGCGCAUGAAGAGCAAGUGGAUGAGGAGCAAGAGGAUGAAGAGGAAGCCCCUGACGCUGCCCCGGCGCCGGAGCCCACCUCAGCUUUUGGGCACCUCUUGGCCGGCGCCGGCGGCUUGAGCCGCGUCUUGGGGUCCCCCCAUGCGUGGCGGCGGCGGCUGCGGCGGCUGCGGCGGCGGCCGGGCCGGGAGCUGCUGUGGGCAGCGGGUGCCGGCGCCGGGCGCGCAGUGCUGGGCACCCUGGGUGCUGGUUGUGGGGCGCUGGGGGCCGUGGGGCGCCUGGUCUGGGUGUCGCUCUUCGGAGGGGGCCUGGUGGAGGGGGCGCAGCGCCUGGCGCUGUCCGAGGUGCUGGCCAACAUGCCCGACCCCACGCAGGAUGCUGUGGGGGGCGCCGGGGGGGAUGAUGGGGGGCCCCAAGAGCCCGGCCCCACGCCGCAGCCCCUUGAGCAGCAGCCGGUGGAGGAAGAGGAGGAAGAGGAGCAGGAGGUGGAGGAGAAGGCGACGGCGGCGGCCGUGGCGCCGGUGAUGCCGUUCGGGCUGCACAAGGAGCACCAUCGCUUGGCAGCUCUGGAUGCGCCGGGGGGGCUCGGGGACAUCGGGGAGCCCCCCGGAGCUGAGCCCCCCACCCCCGAGGGCACCCCUAUCCUGCGGAGGAAGGUCGGGGAGGAUGGGGAGGAGGUGGUGGAGCAGCAGCAGCAGCAGAAGGAGGAGACACCAGAGGCCGAGGAGGAGAAGGCUGACGCAGAGAAUGGGGAGAAGGCCGGGCCGGAGGGUGCCGAGGGGGGGCCCGAGCCUGCGGCGCCCCCCAAGAGGAGGAAGUCGGUGCUGAGGGUGCGCAAAGAGUCCCCGAGCGAAGGAGCCUUCGAGUUCUGGGCAGAGCUGGAGGUCCAGAGGGUCAAGUUCCUGAACUACCUGUCAAGGAACUUCUACAACCUGCGGUUCCUGGCGCUCUUCCUCGCCUUCGCCAUCAACUUCAUCCUCCUCUUCUACAAGGUCUCGGAGCACCCUCCGGGCAUGGAGGAGGCAGAGGAGGGCUUGGGGGCAGCGGAGGUGGCGGCGGAGGCCGGGGGGGAGGCCGGGGGGGAGGCCGGGGGGGACGAGGAGGCGAGCGUGGUGUACUACUUCCUGGAGGAGAGCACCGGGUACAUGCAGCCGGCGCUGCGGGCGCUGGCGCUGGCGCACACGCUCGUGGCCUUCCUCUGCAUCAUCGGCUACAACUGCCUCAAGAUCCCACUGGUGAUCUUCAAGCGGGAGAAGGAGCUGGCCCGGAGCCUGGAGUUCUCGGGGCUCUACAUCAGUGAGCAGCCGCCUGACGACGACGUGAAGGGCCAGUGGGACCGGCUCGUGCUCAAUGCUCAAUCCUUCCCUAGGAACUACUGGGACAAGUUCGUCAAGAGGAAGGUGCUGGAGAAGUACGGGGACAUCUAUGGACGGGAGCGGAUCGCGGAGCUGCUGGGGAUGGAUUUGGCCAGUCUGGAGAUAGGGGCACAGGGCGAGAGGAAACCCCCCCCCGACAGCUCCCUCCUCACAUGGAUCACAGCCAUCGACAUCAGGUACCAGAUCUGGAAGUUUGGGGUGAUCUUCACUGAUAACUCCUUCCUGUACCUGACCUGGUACAUGGCCAUGUCCCUGCUGGGCCACUACAACAACUUCUUCUUCGCCUCCCACCUCCUGGACAUCGCGAUGGGGGUGAAGACGCUGCGCACCAUCCUGUCCUCCGUCACCCACAAUGGCAAACAGCUGACGAUGACAGUGGGGCUCCUGGCCGUGGUCGUGUACCUCUACACCGUGGUGGCCUUCAACUUCUUCCGCAAGUUCUACAACAAGAGCGAGGACGAGGACGAGCCCGACAUGAAGUGCGACGACAUGAUGACGUGCUACCUGUUCCACAUGUACGUGGGGGUCCGGGCCGGGGGGGGCAUCGGGGAUGAGAUCGAGGACCCGGCGGGGGACGACUACGAGCUCUAUCGCGUCGUCUUCGACAUCACCUUCUUCUUCUUCGUCAUCGUCAUCCUCCUCGCCAUCAUCCAGGGUCUGAUCAUUGAUGCCUUUGGGGAGCUGCGGGAUCAACAGGAGCAAGUGAAGGAGGACAUGGAGACCAAGUGCUUCAUCUGUGGCAUCGGGAGCGAUUACUUCGACACGACGCCCCAUGGCUUCGAGACCCACACGCUGGAGGAGCACAACCUGGCCAAUUACAUGUUCUUCCUGAUGUACCUGAUCAAUAAGGAUGAGACGGAGCACACGGGGCAGGAAUCCUACGUCUGGAAGAUGUACCAGGAGCGCUGCUGGGAUUUCUUCCCGGCCGGAGACUGCUUCCGCAAGCAAUAUGAGGAUCAGUUGGGGUGACCCCCCCCCAGCACCCCCAAAGGACCCCCCCAGUACCCCCAAAGGACCCCCCAAUACCCCCUUUAAGUGCCUUGUCCGAUGGGGGGGCGCAUUUGCCUUCAUCACCCAAUAAACCUGGAGAGUGUC